AUGAAAGUGGCAGGGUUUCAAGGCAGAGCACUGAAGGAUAGUCUGUGGGCUUGUGCUAGGGCAACAACUAAGACUUCAUUCAGUACUGCUUUAAGCAAAUUUAGGGAAUUAGAUGAAGAAGCAUAUCAAUGGUUAGGUGAUAAGGAUCCUAAGGAAUGGUCUAGAUCCCACUUCUCAACAGUUAGCCAUUCAGACAUGUUGGUGAACAAUAUUUGUGAGUCAUGGAAUUCAGCUUUACUUGGGGCAAGGGAGAAGCCUAUUAUUGACUGUCUUGAAACAAUUAGAAAAAUGUUAAUGGCCAAAUUCUUCGAACAAAGACAAAAGGCAGCUGGGUGGAACUCAGUUAUUUGUCCAAAAAUUGUUGGAAAAAUGAAGCAAAUUGAGAAGCAAGCUGCUAGAUAUUUGGCUACCCAGUGUGAUUUUUUUAAGUUUGAAGUCCAACAUCUGUAUGGAGACCAACAAGAGGUGGACUUGGAGAACAAAAAAUGCUCUUGUAGGAAGUGGGAUCUCACUGGCCUUCCAUGCAAGCAUGCUGUGUGUGCUAUUUGGAAAAAGAAUGGCAAUGGAGCAGUUUAUGACUUUGUACAUCCAUGUUACUCAAAGGAGACUUAUCUGAAAAUAUACAAGGCCUCAAUUAACCCUAUGGCUGGUCCAGAUGAGUGGCCAAUCAGUGCCCAAUCUCCUCUACUGCCCCCUAUCUAUUCUGCCAAGAAAGCAUAUACAAUUGCACUGCUCCCUUUGUAA